ACAGCACCCUGCUCGCAGUAAGACACCAUACAUGGCAUGUACUUGCAGCAGCAUGUGGAUACGCGUAUCACCAAGCGGAAUUGAUGUCGUGAGCGCCCGUGACAGAUACCAAUCAAAACGUGGGGAGCGGGUCAAUGGCCGAUGAUGCAUGUCCAGUAAUCUGCUCUCAUAUACGGCAUAUACGACGAGCAGCUCGCAUCUACCUAGCAGAAACUCUCUUUGCUUUUUGUGCAAAUGCCGCCUUCGCUUAUUUUGCAAAUUGCAAUCAAAACAACACAAAUUUGAUAACAGGAGCAACAAUAACAAAUCCAAAAGUCAAAAUGACUAACCACCAGGGGCUGUACAAGAGUCUCUCCGCGCUGACAUAGAAGAGGCUUGAGCUUUAGCUCUUACACGCCCCCUCCUUCGCAUCGUCUAGCUCGCCAGCAAAAUGU